ACCCCUGCAAAUGAGGUUUGACCAGCAGAAACAGAGCCCACCUCUGGCUAAGAAGCACUGACAUUUAGACUCUGGGCUUCAACCUGUUUACAAGCGGCUUUCCAAGGGACUAGGGGUGGAGGGUAGGGCCAAACAAAACACCAGCCGCCAGCCGCCCCCCAAACAAGAAGUGGCUUUCUGGAGGCUUCACAUCAACAGGCACCACCAAAAAGAGAAAGGAAGAGGGAGAAGAAAACAACAGCGACUGGGCAGCAGCCUCCAGUUCUGACAACUCCAAAGAGACACACUUUUAGAAGUGGCCAACAGGCUGGGACUCUGCAGAGACUGACCAGAAGGUGCCAACCGCAGAGGGACGCAGACAUCUCCCUGCACCCCCACCCCACCCACUUUGGGGUUUGUUCACCGUGCUGUCAUCUGUUUCUUCAGACCUUUUUUUGCAUCUAACAUGGUGAAGAAAGGAGUGAAGAAGAGAACAAAGUAACCCCCAGGGAAGCGAAGAGUGUUGGUGACCUGCACCACCAGUUACUACUGCUGCGGCCACCCACGUCCACCAUUCACCCGGAGACUGGAGAGGCACAGGCAGCGGAUUCGAGAACGGAGCAGGACAGGCAGCCGGCCCUUCCGAGGAGUUAUGGAUGUUGGUGCAUUCGCUUCUGGCCAGAUCCGCGCCCAGAGGGAGCUAACCAGUAGCCACCACCUCCAGCUGUCUCCUUGCCUUGCACUAGGUCUUACCCUUCCAGUAUGUUCCUUCUGAUGAGACAAUUUCCAGUGCCAAGAGUUUCAGUACAAUGUGGAAAUGGAUACUGACACAUUGUGCCUCAGCCUUUCCCCACCUGCCGGGCUGCUGCUGCUGCUGCUUCUUGUUACUGUUCUUGGUGUCUUCUGUCCCUGUCACCUGCCAAGUUCCUGGUCAGGACGUGGUGUCACCGGAGGCCACCAACUCUUCUUCCGCCUCCUCUUCCUCCUCCUCCUCUUCCUCCUCGUCCUCCUCUUCGUCCUCCUCCUUUUCCUCUCCUUCCAGUGCCGGGAGGCAUGUGCGGAGCUACAAUCACCUCCAAGGAGAUGUCCGCUGGAGAAAGCUAUUCUCCUUUACCAAGUACUUUCUCAAGAUUGAGAAGAACGGCAAGGUCAGCGGUACUAAGAAGGAGAACUGUCCAUACAGUAUCCUGGAGAUAACAUCAGUGGAAAUUGGAGUUGUUGCUGUCAAAGCCAUUAACAGCAACUAUUACUUAGCCAUGAACAAGAGGGGAAAACUCUAUGGUUCAAAAGAAUUUAACAAUGACUGUAAGCUGAAGGAGAGGAUCGAGGAAAAUGGAUACAAUACCUAUGCAUCCUUUAACUGGCAGCACAAUGGCAGGCAAAUGUAUGUGGCACUGAAUGGAAAAGGAGCUCCCAGGAGAGGACAGAAAACACGAAGGAAAAACACCUCAGCUCAUUUCCUCCCAAUGGUGGUCCACUCAUAGAAGAAGGCAUUGUUAGUGGACACAGUAGAACCAGAGGUUCUUUGGCCAGAAAUAGUUGGUAUUCUUCAUGAAAACAGGAAUGAAAAAGGCAAAGACAUAUUGCAGAGGUCUGCUUGCUUAAAAGGAAGAAACCUUUGGAGCUUUUUGUAUUCACUGCUGGCAUAUGAAGUUAUUUUCAUUCACUCUGUGUCAUGCCUUAUAACCAAGAUGUAGGGAGAUCAAAUGGGAUUGAAGUUAUUCCUAAGUGAACAAAUUUGUGGCUGGUUUUUUUAAAAGUUUUUGUUUUUGAACCUCUGAGAUAGAACUUAAAGGACAUGGAACAAUCUGUUGAAUGAUCUUUGAGAAAGUUAUUUAUGGAAUACGAACACAUAUCAAAGACUUUCGUUGCUCAUUCAAGUCUAAUGAUUCAAUGAGCAGUAAGACACGCAAGCAUUUACUGGAAAGCACUUGGGUCAUAUCAUAUGCACAACCAAAGGAGUUUUGGGUGUGGCACCAUGGAAGAAUUGGAUCAGAUUUUAAAAUAUAAACAUAUUAGUGUGAAACUGUUCUAAUAAUACAAAUAGUAUGGUAUGCUGUGCAUUCUGCCUUCAUCCUUUUCUAUUUCUUUCUAAGUUAUUUAUUUAAUAGGAUGUUAAAUAUCUUUUGGGGUUUUAAAGAGUAUCCUCAGCAGCUGCCCUCUGAUUUACCUUCUCGUUUUCUUUGGCACACCACAUGCAUGUUCACGACAAAGUGUUUUAAAAACUUGGCAAACACUUCAAAAAUAGGAGAUGAGAUCAGGGAAGCAGUAUGAAUGCCCCAUGUGCUAUCAGUUGACUUAAUUUGUACUUCUGCAAUAAGAACCAUUAGUGAGAACUAUAGCAGUGGUCUGUAGUUUGGAUAACAGACAUCUGGCAUCAUUUGCCAACAUCUAUCUGUCCUGAGGCUUCCUUCCCUAAACAUAUAGACCAGAAGGCCAAAUUCCUUUUUCAUUGCCUUAAUUCAUCUCCAAAAAUACACUAAAAGGAAGAAAAUAAAUUGUUAAAUGGAUUUUAGUAGCCUAGCCUUGUUUUUUUUAACUGAUGAUGUCUUAUCUUAUGUCACAGUGGUAAAUGAUGAAAGGUUAUCUGCAUAUAGAAGAGUGCUUUGUAAGUCCCACAUAAUGCAUAUCCCCAAGAGAAACUAUCAAGGAAUUUGGUAUGAAGUCCAACUCUUCCAGGGGCUUAAACUGAGCAAAUAUAUCCUGGUAUAUGCAUAACCAUAUACUGAAACCUGUUCAAGAUGUAUGAUCUAGUCUUUACAAAAACAAAUAAAGCUUGUUUUCUGUAAACUUAAAGAGUUUUAGAAGGUUUCAUAAUAUAACCAUAUUGAAAUUCAUUUUCUUAGAGCAGGUAUAGAAAACAGUGCAUACGUUUACCAGUCACCAUCACUAUGUAUUCCACUAAAUAAACACAUAAGCCUUAUUUGCAGUGUCUGUAGUGAUUUUUAAAAGUGUAGAAAAAUAUUAUUUGUUCUAAAUACUUUAAUAACUCUAAGAUUAUAUUGAUGCUGCAGUUUUAUCAUGUUUCUUGUUUGGAAAAGUCUGUUUAUUUUUAUUGUUUGGAUACAGUAUUUUGGUACAAGGAAAAGACUCACCAAAAUGUGUCUUUUUACUAAUAUUUAAUCUCUAGAAAGGCUAGUAUUUUAUGAUCCUCUUGUAACUUACUUGUGCUGAUGCUUAACCAGCACUGCCCAUGAAUCUUUUUUUUUUUUUUUUAAUGACCACUUCUACAGAAGAAAUCCAAUGAAGCUCAUAUUUUAUGAUUUCUUUGAAGAGCUGGUAUUUCAAGAAAAGCUCACUCAGGCACAGUCCUUUGGCUUGAGAAUAUUGUUGCAUUUCAUGGUACUUUUAACUUGUUUUGUGACAAAUGGGAUUCUAAAAAAUGUAUACACUUUUUUGUGGUUGGAUUCUGUAUGUUAAAUUUUAAUUGGUAACUGAGUCCAAGAGCUAUAAUGUAACACAUUCCUAGAAAACUAGGUAUCUUUUUUCUUUUAUUUUAAAAUAAUAAUUGCACCUGACAUAUGAACAUGGACCACCCAGAACCAAAAUUAAAUGUUUGGUAAGACAAACUGUAGUAUUUGAUGACUAGAGUAACAGCAAAUAGGGCAGAAGUUGGAUUCUUAUUUCACAUUGCCAUUUAGAUUACUAAAGAGACUAUGUGUAAACAGUCAUCACUGUAGUACUCAAGACAUUAAACAGCUUCUAGCAAAAUGUAUCAAAGCUUGCAGAGUCCAAAAAUAGAAAACAUCUUUCCCCUUCCCCUGCCCUGCAUCCUUCCCUAUAUUCACCCCAACAGACAUAAAUACAGAAACAAUUUGGUGAGAAGUAAAAAAAUUCUAACAUAUUUAAAAUGGCAUCUUUGCUUGAUAUUAUUGAUAGAGAAUUCUGGUCCUUUUGACAACUACUGAAGGAAAAGAAGUUCAGUCCUGAAUGUUAUAGGUUUAAAAAAAUCACAUUAAGAUUUUGGGAGCUCUGCCUCUGUGGGAAGUGUGGGCACUGGUCCACGAAGCUAAAGUGUGUCAGUCAUAGACACAUGGCUAUGCGAAUGCUGGUACUGAGACUCUACUUAAAGAUACAGAAUCACUCCCUCCUCCUACCUCCCAAAGGCUGAACAGUGUAUAGUAUGUUACAUUUAAAUAAAGACAAUAAAAUUCUGGGAAAAGAAAAUAAAAAUUCUGUCGUUGUUUUGUUUUGUUUUGUUUUAUUAGCCUAAAACUCUACCUGGUAAUAAAGAGAGAAGCUAGAGGGCUGUGUGCAUGGCAGGAUGUGGUUAAAUGCCCCACAGCCCCAAACAACAACAGAAAAAAAAAAUUUUUACUCAAACAUUUGUAAGGUUUCUGUAAUGUUUUACAUGUGUGAGUCAGCUAUCCUUACUCUAAUAACAACCAAAUGCUUUCGAUUUUCCUGACUAUUCAGGUCCACCUCAUUUACACAGUGGAUAAAGAAGAAUGGAUUGAAAACAAGGAUGGCUUGUGCAACAAUGAAGGUUUUGGAGGAAAGCCAGGAGCUCCAAAGUCUGACUUCCAGGGGAUGGAAUAGGCCAGUGAAUUUGAUCUGAAAAGUAGGCAGAAAAAAAUAUAUUGCAAGUUGACUCCAGGACCCAAGCAAGUUUAUAGAUAUAAUUCAAAUGGAUUGGUAUUUAUGCUGUACAGUUCAAAUUAUGUAAAUAUUAAUUCAAAAUUUGAUUAUUCAAUAAAGUAAACUUUUUUCA